UGAAAGAGAGAGCGAGAGAGAAAAAGAGAGUGACGUCAGUGCGAGGGCGGAGCCUCACCGUUGGAAAACGAGAGCGCGCUCGACGCAGACAGAAUGAAGUGCGCAGAAGAGGGACGCGCAGCGAGCGAGUAGCUGCUGAUUCUGCUCUUCACGCGAUUGCUUUUACUUAAACAUUUCUACUGAGCUGGAACAGAGACAAAGACAAAGGUGAAGAGCUCGGCUGAUGGAUGAGGAUGAGGAUGAUCUGCACAGGAAGGGUCUUCAUCACUGGCCUUCCUCUCACGUCCAGAUAAAGCCGAGCGAGACCGCAGGGAGACCCCCUGCAUCACCCAGCGUAAUGCUGCCCUGCCCAGUGCAUGUGGAGCACAGACGCUUUCUCUACGGUAACGCAGGCCUGCUGCUGCUAGCGUCGCUCGGCCGCUCUCGGCCUCCAGACGUGGUUCUCCAGCAGAACCUGCGCGUGAUGGACCCGGCGGAGAGCGUGGAGACCCUCAUCGGGCAGAAGCUCCAGCUGAUCGGGGAUCAGUUCUAUCAGGAGCACAUGAUGCACCACAGAAACCAAAGGAACCAGGAUCCUCUGUUGUGGCGUGUGGCGGUGGCGUUCUACACGCUUUUAUUUGGAAGAGAGGCCAACGCAAGAGCAGAUCGCAGGUGAAGCGCCUCCCAAACACUGCCAUCCGUGUCCCAGUCCUCUUCACGGAGCACAGCGUUUAACAGCACUGUCUGGAAUCUAACACGGUUUUUUUGGGGAAAACCAGAGACUGGAAUGAAGACGUCUCCGCAGGACGGGGCAGUUUUUAUCAUCAUCUUUCCCCAUGAAGAUGCCAUGAUGUUUUUUAGAUUCUACCAGGAAUAUUUUCAUAAACACGUCGAGGUGUUUUGUACAGGAUGCGGUUUCAUUUUCUUUGCACUUCCACACGUGUGUAUCCGAAUGACCUCCUCGAGUCUUGGGAACGCCUUACUGUCCCACGCCACCCAUAAACGGAAGAUUAGGACGGGAUUCUCCUUCAGAAAUCUCCCAAGACGUCCAGCAGCUUGACAAAUCUCCAAAGAGGCUGUCUCUCAGAACGAAAGCUUUUUGCACCUCAGUUUUCAUGAUGUUUUUACGUUUUUUAUUACAUAAGUGUUGGAGUUUUUUUUAUUGUUCUUCCUAUUGUUUGGUUUGAAAUCUAGUCAGAAGGCGAGGAUGAUCUUUGAAGAGGGUUUGAUGAAGUCCGUGAUGAGUUGAUGUACUGCUGUUAUUGAGAUGUCUUUAUAUUUCAUUUGAUUUGAGUUUUGACGCAACAGCAUGAAAUAUUACUGGAUUGCUUUUGUUUGCUCCAAUAUCAUUUGUGUAUGAUCCCGAGGGAAGCAAAGGUAGAGGAAAACCAUUAUCAGGUCUUAAAAAUUCACCGGAUUUUGAAAAACAUUAGAAAUAAACUUGCAAAAAUUUUGAUAUUAAGUCUCACUCAGGUACUUAAAGAGACAUUAAAGUUCAUCCAAAAAUUUUAGUUCUGGCAUCACUUACUCUGAUUUGCCCUAAUAAAGUUGUUUCAUGAUUAACUUCCAUAGUAUG